UACUCUACAGACUCUGUAAAUUGUAAAUUAGCAGAGGGUUUAAGCUGCACAGCCAUGGAAGAAGAAGAAGAACCCAUACAAAACCUCUGGCAAGAAGUUCGAGAUCUAACCCUAGGCACUUCAACCCAAAUCAACCACCUCUCUACCCCACCCACCUCUCUCCAAUUCCUCCGUGAAUACGUUUCCCCCAACAAGCCCUGCCUCAUUUCCAACGCCGUAAACCACUGGCCAGCCACCACUCUAUGGCAAUCAACUCAUUAUCUAACCAAUACCCUUUCUUCUUCCACUGUUUCACUUCACCUCACUCCUACAGGCCGUGCUGAUGCACUUUCCCCAAACCCCAUUUCCCCUUCUUCACUCUGUUUCGCUUCUGCUGAAGUGAAGCAUCUUCCUUUUCCUGAUGCGUUGACCCGGGUAUUGGAAUCGGAGAUGGGUUGUGUGGGUUAUUUGCAGCAGCAGAAUGAUUGUUUUCGGAGUGAGUAUGGGGCGUUGAGUAAAGAUUGUGAUUCUGAUUUUGGUUGGGCUUCUGAGGCUUUUGGGUGUUUACCUGAAGCGGUGAAUCUUUGGAUUGGGAAUGAGUUGUCUGAGACUUCGUUUCAUAAGGACCAUUAUGAGAAUAUUUAUGCUGUUGUCUCUGGGGAGAAGCAUUUUUUGCUUCUUCCUCCUACUGAUGUUCAUAGGAUGUAUAUUCGUGAGUAUCCUGCUGCCGAGUACCACUAUUCCCAGGAUACUGGGAAGUUCUCUUUGGAACUGGAGGAACCAGUGAGGAAUGUCCCAUGGUGCAGUGUUAAUCCAUACCCUUCACCUGAGUUGAAAGAGAAGGAAAUGACCAAGUUUCCCUUAUAUUUCAAUGGACCAAGACCAUUUGAAGUUACAGUCAAGGCAGGCGAAAUUCUUUACUUGCCAAGCAUGUGGUUUCACCAUGUUAAACAGAGCCCAGACAGCAGAGGACUCACCAUCGCUGUAAACUACUGGUAUGACAUGCGAUUUGAUAUCAAAUAUGCUUACUUCAACUUCUUGCAAUCGCUGCCGCAUUCCAUGCUGUGUGAUCCUGCAUCAUCUGGAAAAUUAGGCUUGGAGUCGCAACAUAAUUCAUCUAUAUGUAACUCUGAAGAUGAAUCCAGCAUGGGCGACGUCACUGCUUCUGCAUGUGAUAAUUUAGUACAUGAUGCUGAUGACACUGCAGAAAGUUAAGUAGCACUCACUGUUAGGAGCCCAUUGGUGAGGAGAAGCAAAGGAAAUUUCGAGUUCUCUGAGAUUCAAUUCUGCAAGCAUUGCUUGUUUCCCUAUUAUAUCCUGGAGAAGUUGCAGACUGUUUUUGACCUGAGAAUGGGAAAGCUGAAAUGAAACUUUCCCGUCAUGAUUGUCUUACUGUCGAUAAGUCAACUCUGAAUUAAUCAGCAAGGUGAGCCCUCAAUAUGCCAUUUGAUAUCCAAGUGGCACACUACCCGUGAUGGGGGAUUCAGGUGUCCUAAUCUGCAUGUUAUCGGCAAGGAAAGGUCUAAUCUGAUUCGUUUGAAGAGGCCAUAGUUCUGAAAAGGCUUGCGCGCUUUGUAGGUUUUCUUCUUUCAAGCCAUGCCAAUCAUCACUUGUCAUGGAAACACGGCAUUAGGAUGUCCCCAAAUCUCCUCAAAAGACGCAAAGCCGGAGCUCAUGGCUGUUUCCAUAGAUUAGAGCAGAGUGUACUAUUUUGAGCUUACAACAGAAGUGCACAAAUCACAUUCCAGUAUUUGACUAUCUAUUGUAUGCAUCUUUACUGAUUUAUCUGGGAAGAAAAGUGCCUUCUGGAUUGCGUAACAUUUGUUCAAAAUAGAUAAAGCCAAAUCUGGAAUACUUGUUAUAAAUU